AUGAGCAUCUUUUCGUUCAUAACUAAACUGCUACUGCUGCACUCCUGCACCCCAGGUGUCGGUGUUGUUAACAGUAAGGUGUCCAUUCCACACAGCCACCCAUACAUGGUCUACAUUCAUGACAAACAUACACCUUCAUCAUGCAGUGGAUUUUUGAUAAGAGAAGAUUUUGUGAUGACGACUGCCACUUGCAAUGGUAGACAUCUCAUGGUGUAUUUGGGUGUUAAUGACACAAAUGAUUUACCUGAGGGUAUAGAGGUCGAUGUCUUUCCACAUAAAGGUUUUGCAAACAAGCCAGGCGAUGACAUCAUGCUUCUAAAGCUGAAAACCCCAGCAACUCUGAAUGAGACUGUGAAUAUCAUUGCCCUGCCAGAAACUAAUAGAGAGAAAAUCUCAAGUAACUGCAUGGUCGUGGGUUGGGGCUGGCAGGAAUACAAUGAAAAGUCUCAAUCAAGUGUCCUAAAAGAAGUAAACAGGACUCUUUUAGACUCUAAAAAUUGUGCCACACCUCACACUUUAUGUGCUAAUGAAGUCCUGCCAACAAAGGGAGAUGGUGGUGGUCCACUUAUUUGUGGAAAUGUCCCAGAGGGCAUUGUGUCUUACAUACGGAAGGAGUCGAGUACGACCUACCUUACAAUGUAUACUAAAAUCUCUUACUACCUUCCAUGGAUUCAUGAAAUUCUAAAUGUACACAAACUAUGGAGGUCAAAGCUGGAUGCAUUUAAAAUAUCUGAUAUUAGAGUGUGUAUGAUUGUAAAAAUGACCAGUCCAUAA